AUUUCGAGAAUUUGUCAAAUUCAAGAAACGCGUGGUUGUUGAAGAAAACGUUUACGAAAAUUUUAUUUUAUUUUACUGCCCUCAGUGAAGCACCUAGCCGAGAGGUUGCAUUAAAAGUUAUAUUUUUGAUUUAAUAAUACAACUUUCCCCAAAAAAAAAAAACCUAUUUAAAAUGACUGAAGAAGUUAACCCCAAAGCAUUCCCGCUCGCCGAUGCUCAAUUGACCACCAAAAUUAUGAAUCUGCUCCAGCAGGCUCUGAAUUACAAUCAACUUCGUAAAGGAGCCAACGAAGCUACCAAAACUCUGAAUCGUGGUCUAGCUGAUAUCAUUGUCAUGGCUGCUGACGCUGAGCCAAUUGAAAUUCUAUUGCAUUUGCCAUUGUUGUGCGAGGACAAGAACGUUCCUUAUGUGUUCGUUCGCUCAAAGCAAGCUCUGGGUCGGGCUUGUGGUGUAUCGAGACCAAUUGUUUCGUGUUCGGUUACAACAAACGAAGGUUCUCAGUUGAAAUCGCAAAUCACUUCAAUUCAACAAGAAAUCGAAAGGCUUUUAGUUUAAGAAGGUUUAAGAUAAAAUGUACAAAUUUAUACUUUGAGUUAAAACCAAAAAUUAUGAUGGUUUUUUUUUAUUUUUUUAAAAAUAAAACAAUGAAAUGAA